AUAACAUAUCUACUUAAUUGCUUCGAAACAAUUUUUUUUGGGGGGGUUUUGUUUUGUUUAUCAACCGAGAGACAACAAAUUCGAUCACUUUGUUACGUUAAGUACGUACGUAAUUAUUGUAGUCGUCGUUCGUUCGUACUGAGUAGUAUAUUAUUACCCUUUGGGGCGCAAGAAACUUAUUGAGGAGAAAGAAAUUAAAAGGAGGAGCGAGCGGAUGAAUGUGGACUGGGGGCCGGUGGUGGUGGCGGUGGCGAUGUUCAUACUGCUGUCGCCGGGAUUACUGUUCCAGUUGCCGGCGAGGACGAGGUGCGUGGAGUUCGGGAACAUGUACACCAGUGGCAUCUCCAUCUUGGUUCAUGCCAUCUUGUACUUCUGUAUCUACACCCUCCUCACCGUUGGCGUUGGCAUCCACAUCCGCUACAAUGUUUGAUUUUAUAUUAUUUUUAUAUGUAUUUGAAUCCAUUCCACAAUUCAGUCUAUAUACACUUUGGAGUAUUCAUCAUUAGAAAUAGCACUUAAACUGUUUUAUUCCCUAAAUAUUACUCAAUAAUGUCCAGUGAUGGCGAAUAUUUGCUUGAAAGUGCUACGUUGGGAAGAAAAACACAUGCUGUGCUAUUUAGGAAAAAUUAUUAUAUUUUAAUGCUAUUUAAGUAAAUUCCUAUUAUCAUU